AUGAAAGGAAUUACCUGUAUCCGCGCAGUAGAGAAAAAUCAUGAGCCAUUGGAAGAAACAGCUACCACCUAUUUGUUCCUUCUUCAAUCCAUAUCACAGCCCAGUGAAUUAUUUUUAUCCAAGAAUGAUCCUGUUAUAGUAAACAUUAAUUAUGGAGAAAGCAUAAACAACCAUUUGUCUAGUGAACCUACACUUAAUAAACAUGAUGCUGUACUCGAAAUUGGUUCAAAUAAUCUAAGUGAUUUUGAAGACUAUCAAGAAUCUGAAUCUAGCUACAGACCAAGUGAUAAUGAUUCUUCUUCUCCUGAGAGCGACAUUGAGAUCAAAAAAGAUAAUACCGAAAAUAAUUCUGAAGGAAAAAAAGUAAAAAGGAUACGAUUCAGAAAAGGCCAAGCCAAUAAAGAACAGUGGAGCAGACAAAAGAAUCAAGUACUUAGGGAAAAGGGACAAGACUUCUACCAUGCAGAAUCAGAUUUGUUUUGUACACAAAUCCCGAAAUAUAUACUAGUGCUUUACAUGAAUUUUCAAGGAAAAUUGGAAGCAAUAACUUUUUGCAAAGUUCACAAAGAAAAGUUAAAUUCUACCAGCCUAAUCUCGAAACCAUCUCAAAGGAAAAGCAACUCCAAAUCAAUUUUAGAACCAAAUCAACCGUCAUGCAGUUAUGUCUCUAUCUCAGAAUUAAGUCCAAUACCAAAACCCUGUCAAGAGAAAAGAAAAAUCAAAACAAAAUCCAGAACCACAGAAGGAUCCAAAAUAAUCACCAGCUCACCUUACAAAGAUCAACUCGAAGAGAAAUUGAAAGAUAAAUUGAAAACAGUAAAAGCUAAAUCAGUCAAAAAGAAUUUUAACAAAGCAGGGCCAAGUUCGUGUCUUGUAAAUGUGAAAGAAAAAGAAACCUUGAGAGAAAAGAAAAAAGGUGCAUCGGCAAAAGCAUCAGCAGCAAUGUCAGAGGAAGAGAAAGCCACAAUAUGCGUUUACUGUCAUGAGACAUAUGGAGACACUUGUCACGACGAAUGA